AUGUAUCCGAUUCCUGACCGAGUCUUCGAGCUGUAUAACGACAGUCAGGUCUCCACCAACAUGGGCCUGUUCACCGAGAUCAACCACGCCUGGAUCACCAUCGACAAUUGUCUCUUCCUGUGGGACUACACACAUCCCAACCCUGACCUCGUCGGCUUCGAGGACCAGCCGCAUAGCAUUACUGGUGUUGCUCUGGUUGCUCCAAAGCCCGGCGUCUUCGUCAAGUCCAUCACCCAUAUCCUCGCGCUUGCUACCUCGUCCGACCUCAUCCUACUCGGCAUCUCUGCAACGUCGACUCCUUCCGGCGCCAAGACAAUUGAGCUGUACCAGACAAAGAUGGCACUGCAUAAGGGCAGUAGCGACGUCAGCAUUGUUGCCGGGUCGGCUAAUGGACGGAUUUUCUUCGGCGGUCAGAACGACACAGAUGUCUACGAGCUAUACUACCAGCAGGAGGAGAAGUGGUUCUCAAGUCGCUGCGGCAAGAUCAAUCACACCCACCCGGGGUGGUCAUCCGUUGUCCCCAGCCUACCAGGUCCCAUUGAUUUCUGGUCGCAGAGACAACACGAACAUCUCAUCGACAUUGUGAUUGAUGAUACACGCAACCUCCUCUACACCCUAUCAAGCAGGUCCACCAUUCGAACAUACCAUAUGGACGGCCCCGACAAGCUCACCAAGGUGAUUGAAAAGGAUAAGAUGGGUUGCUUGCGAGAUAUUACCCACAUGAGUCCCUCCUCUCCUCUAUUGACUGACCGGAUGAAUAUCGUCAGCAUCAGUCCCAUUUCCGCGCGCGAAGCAUCCAAGUUGCAUCUAAUGGCUCUGACCGACACUGGUUGCCGCAUAUUCCUCAGCGCAACGAGCUCUGCCUCCUACAUGAUGGCGGCUUCGGCGAAUCUCGCGCCUCAAAGCAUGCAAGUACAAUUCGUCAAAUUUCCGCCCAAGGAUCAGCUGGGCUCAGAUCCGCGAUCAUCACGACAAAGCACUGGUGAUAUUGUUGAUCUGCAGUCUCGUUCUCUGGACUGUAGCAAGUUUGGACAACGCUUUGCUCCCGGCUACUUCUUCGAUUUUGUUACCAAGAACAUGGAAAAUCCCAAUAUGGACCUCCUAUUCGUUUCAGCGCCAGAAACAGGUCGCAUCAAGGUCUCGGGUCCGGCAUCUGCCCUCAAGUACUACGAGCAUGCAAAUUGGAUCAAUCUCGGCGAAAACACUAGAUCUGUUGGUGUCGGAUUGCUAACCAAGCCGUUUGCCGCAGCCGGGCAGCCUAUGGGCUUUGGUAACGAGCUUGCCGUACAGUUCGAGGGUCCGGCAAGCGAGUUCGCCGUGAUGACAAACAGUGGAGUCCACGUCAUCCGAAGGAGAAGACUAGUUGACAUCUUUGCGGCUGUUGUCCGGGCUGCUGUUGGCGAAGAGGGCCUCGAGCGUGAGAUGCGAAGGUUCAUAUCCUUGUAUGGACGCGUCGAGACUGUGUCUGCGGCCCUGGCAGUGGCAUGUGGGCAGGGCAGUGAUUUUCGAACCGGCACAGGACGGGCUACCGAUCAGGGCACAGAGGACAGAGCAAAGGCAGCAUUCGUUGACUUUGGCGGACAGCCUACUGUCUCAGAGACGGAUGGCACCCAGAUCACGGCAGAUGCAGUCAAGCUUUCAUCCCGACACGACGCCCUUGCGCUGUAUCUCACGCGUCUUAUCAGAAAAUUAUGGAAGUCAAGAGUCAUCGCUCAGGGCGUAGACCCCACGGGCGGGAUCGUUGUGAGCUCUACCAUACCGACGCCAACUCUUAAUGCGGUGCAAGAAAACUUGGAACGCCUGCGGUCAUUCUUAGAAUCGAAUAAGGGCAUCAUUCAGGGCCUGUCCGGUCCGUCAGACCUGCAACGGGUCGGCAGUCGUCAGGAAGAGGUCGCCCUUCAGGCUGAACAUCAAGCUCUACAUGCACUACAGAAGCUCAUGGAGAGUAUCUCAGAAGGGAUCUCAUUCGUGAUCAUGUUGUUCGAUGAGCGGGUUGCUGACAUCUAUGUGCGCCUCGAUCCGACCUCUCAGCAAGCUUUGCGCCACCUAACCUAUGAGAAUUUAUUCUCGCAAGAUUCGGGCAAAGAGCUCGCAAAGCUUCUCGUGAAGGCGAUUGUAAAUCGUAACAUCGAGAGUGGAUCAAAUGUAGAGACUGUUGCUGAUGCACUCCGCAGACGUUGCGGCAGUUUUUGCAGUCCCGACGAUGUAGUAAUUUUCAAGGCACAGGAGCAGCUAAAGAGAGCAUCAGAACAGGCAGCGAACCCGAACAUUGUCCGCCAACUACUCAACGAGAGCUUGCGAUUGUUCGAGCGUGUGGCUGGUAGCUUAUCCUUUUCGAACCUCAAGGGCGCCGUUGAGCAGUAUGUUGCCCUCAAGUAUUAUGCCGGGGCCAUCCAAUUGUGUCUCAUUGUCGCUCGAGAGAAGGAUCGCGGCAACUCAGCCCUUUCAUGGAUUAAUGAUGGUCGCCCUGCUUCUGACCCACGGAGAAAAGCAUUCGAUGAGCGGAGACGAUGCUAUGACCUCAUUCAUGAAGUCAUGCAGAGGCUGGACGCAGUUUCAAGUUUGGAGCCGGACAUGAUCGAUGGCAAGAUGACACUCGCAGCCACAAAGCGAUCCGAAGCCUACGCCGUUGUCAACGAGUCCGAUGACGAAGUCUUUCAUUUCGAUCUCUAUGAAUGGUACAUCGACCAGAAUUGGACAGAUCGUAUAUUGGCUAUCGAGUCUCCGCACGUCAUCACUUUCUUGCAGCGGCUGGCAGCGGUGGACGCACGACAUGCUGAUCUACUCUGCCGCUUCUAUACCCACCGUAGCCGCUUCUUUGACGCUGCGCAAGUCCAGGCUGAUUUGGCCAAGUCAGAUUUUGAUAUAGGAAUCAAGGAUCGAAUUACCCUGCUCAGUCGCGCCAAGGGCAACGCAAGCGUGUCAACGGCAGGAGUGAGUCGUCAACAGCAGCAGAUGCUCAAUCACGAAGUCACGGAGCUGCUUGAGAUUGCACACAUACAGGAUGACCUUCUCGAGCGACUGCUGGCUGAUCGACGAAUUCCAGAUGAGCGCAAAGUGGAAGUUGAGAGAGCCCUGGAUGGGCCCAUCCAGGGUCUUACCGAACUCUUCAACAACUAUGCCGACCAAGCUGGUUACUACGAUCUCUGCCUGCUUAUCUAUCAUGCAGCUGAUUAUCACAACCCCCGCGUGAUCGAGGAUACCUGGAAGAACCUUAUCAACAACACUCACUACGAUAUUGUAGAACGAGAACAGGCAUGGGAGGACCAUCGUGCAGGACGUGCUGUCACUGCCGAAGUCGGCAUUCCCGACACUUUGCCGCCCAAACCAUACGAAGCGGUGUCUGUGCAGAUACAGACAAUUGCCCAUCGUACCUCACUGGACAGCCUCAUCUUCCCAGUCGAUACCCUACUUACCAUUCUCUGCGAAUACGCUGUAACGAAUCAACAAGAUGAGAGUAUCGGAGCCGACCCAGAAUGGCCCUUGGUGCUGUUCCUUGGGCUAGGCGUCUCUCAUGCCAUGGUAACUCGCGUUCUUGAACACAUAUUUGAUGCUCAAGAAGCUCCGUUCACGGGAAGACGACGUCGGACAGUCGUGAGAUGGAUUCUUGUUGUAGUCGAAGCCUGGAAGCGGGAGGUUGAGAGGCGAGGAUUAGGAUCGGCUGGAAAGGGUGAGACCGGCCUAGGUGUGUGGGUCGUUGAUCUGUUGGCUCGUAUGGACGAAGCCAUGACAGAGAUGGUCACCCAGGACAAGGCAAGCCGACCGGGGCAUGCCACAGCAACCGACGAGAUCUGGCGAAAAACAAGGGCGCUGAAGCGUGCUGUUGAGAACAUCGUGGUAACGGCCGAGCGAGGAAGCUUGAGAUUCCUAUGA